AUGGCCGAAAGCGAAGGCGGCGGGGGAGGUCUACUGGAUCUCGAGAAAGAGCUCAGCUGCUCGAUCUGCACCGACAUCUUAUACCAACCACUAACCCUUCUGGACUGCCUGCACACAUUCUGUGGGUGCUGCUCGAAAGAAUGGUUCGCGUGGCAAGCAGAGGCAGCGGCCACGGCCAGGCGCACCGUCAAUCCGUAUACCUGUCCGUCUUGCCGAGAGUCGGUGAGAGGUACAAAGGCAGACUGGCGGCUGGCAACGUUGUUGGAGGGAUACCUAAAGGCAAAUCCGGGCAAGGGCAAGACGACGGAAGAGAAGGAAGAAAUGGGCAAACAGUACAAACCGGGUGACGACGUUUUGCCGCCAGUCCGACUUCRAAGGAAUGAUGCCGACAGUGAGGACGAGAGAUUGAUGGCGGACAUCAGAGAGUUGAGCAUGGCCAGUGUGGAUCCGGACACGGCGAGGCGACGAGAGGACAGGCUGGCCAGGGAUAGGCACAGAAGGCGACAGGAACGUUCACAGCACCAGCAGUCAGCGUCGGGUAGGAACCGAGAGAACGACAGUUGGACCGUCCAGCAAGAAGAGCAAAGGCAAGUAGAACAUCAGCCAUCGCUUCGUAGUUUACUUGGCUCGGAAACCAGCUCCCAGGACGUGCAAGAGGAGAUUUUACAAUCCAUUUCUUCGGAGKGUCUCCUCAACGGAAUCGACAUCGAUAACCUCACACCUGCACAAGAAGAGGAACUCACAGAGCGCAUCGCAGAAGCAUAUCGUAGACGACAAAGGAAUCGUGAGAGAUCGAGGAACCGUGAAAGAAGCGGUCGAGGGAAUCGAUCACCGCCACCUGGACCUCAAGCCAGCGACAGUCCAUCGCGAACCCAGCUACCCGUCGUGGAUACCCCUACACCGCAACAGCAGUCUCGUGCAAGGCCGCCAAUCUCACGGCCUCACCUCUUCGAUCAAACUCAGGCCGAACCAAGUCGCCGCCACCAAAGGUCUGCCAGUUCAACAAGCCAGCGUGAUAUGCGCGCAGAGGGUCGCGAUGCCAGCAACGUCGUUGCACCGGCAGCGCUGGCAGCACGAUCAGCGAUCGAUCUCUCUUUCGACUCUAGAAGUGGUGAGCAGGGUAGACCUCGGCUACGUGCCACAUCUGCUACCCCCAGAAGCUCAACAGACCCGGUUAAUGUGCGUGAAAGUGUUCAACGCGUGCGUGCCACAUCAGGGGCGACAUUGCGGCCAGAGACUGCAAACAGCUCACACAGAGCUCGAGACAAUACUACGCGGCAGCCUCCCGAAACAUAUAACAACAUCGGCAGCAUAGACGGUGCGCACAGCUYGCUGGCAGCUGCAGAAACCAAUCCGCAGCCGGCUAUCAGAUCGCCAGUGUCCCAGUCCAACUUUGCGCCUGAGCCCAUAAGCACGAUAUCUGCCACGCCGAACCACGUAUCCGAGACCAACACGACAGCACCUAUAGCAAGAUCUUCAGACGCUGUCGAUGACAAUCUUGCACCACUCUCAAUAUCAUGCUCCGGAUGCGAAAGGCAAAACAUUCAAGCCACCGUUCACUACCACUGCCACAAAUGUAUUGAUGGCAACUUCAAUCUAUGCAUGCAGUGCUAUCGCACGGGAAAGGGCUGCAACCACUGGUUCGGCUUCGGCUUCGUGGCUUUGCAUCGCUGGGAACGCGCAGGACGUCCUGGAAAUGAACAGCCACACGUCCUCACAGCGCAGAAAUAUGCCAAUUCCUCAGCGACCCUUCAAGUCCUUUCCGCCGGCACCAGCACUCUCCAAGAAGGCGCCUUCUGUGAGUCUUGCUUCAACUACGCCAACGACUGUUACUGGUACUGCCAAAUAUGCCAAGACGGCGCCUGGGGUUUCUGCAACGCGUGCAUGCUGGGUGGGAAACACUGUACGCAUCCGCUCCUUCCCUUAGCUCACAUUUCGACUCUACGGAAUUAUUCCCACCACGACCCAGCGAAACUCGCCUUCGUCCCCGUGCCGCAUCUCCGAGAACACAGCUACGUCCUCCUUCCGGUCCUGACCGAUUGCGAUAUUUGCCGGAUCCCCAUCCCGUCCAAUCGCACCCGUCAUCACUGUUACACGUGUAGUGGAGGCGACUACGAUAUUUGUAAUGAGUGCUACAAUAGUCUCGUCGCUACGGGGAAGAUCAGUGCCGCCAAUGGCCCUGCUGGGUGGCGGAGAUGUCCCCAGGGACACCGCAUGGCUGUCAUCGGGUACCAGGAAACACCUUAUGGUGACGGUCAUGUGCGGGUGACAAUACGCGAAGCCGUCGGUGGCUGGCGGUUGAAGGAGGACGGCGUGCAGAGCAGUGGGAACUUACCUCCACCUCCUGAUGGUGGAGGUGGCUUACGGUACUUGGCACAGUAUGGACGUUUCCCCGCCGAGGAUGUGCAGGACGAGCUCUCGUUUCCGAGGAAUGCUGAGAUUCGUGAGGCAGAGGACUUGACGGCCGAGUGGGCGGUUGGAGUCUAUGCUGGGGCGGUGAAGCUCUUUCCGCGAAACCACGCGAGGCGACUGUGA